GAGAGAGAGUCGGUUUACCGGGUCACGCUUAUCUGGAAAAGGUGGGAUCGCAUCAAUUUUCGUUUCCCUUUUAUUUAUUUAUUUGUGCAUAAUAUUUUGAAACCUGAAAGAAUAAAUCAUAGGCGACCGAACAAGCUGCAAUGCAUAGCCUAUCCAACUAUGUGACCUUUGAUAACUCAAACGCAAAUACGCACGCACUGGUAUUCGGUUGAAGACACUUACGAAUGCGAUGGCGAGAAUAUGAAGAUGGGCCAUGGAUAUUUGUGUGCCUCACGGCGCUGAUGCAGCUACCGUUGCCUGGUUUUGAGUGGACUGCAGGGAGGGAGGAUCCGGUUCCGACUCGAUCCAGCUGGCAUUUUUGUCUCCACUAGGCUCGAGCAGGAGAGAAUAACGACAACCAGCUAACCGACACCCUUCCACUAAAAACCAGCGAUGAGAAAUGAGCAAGAAAUUAGCUAAUUUCCUUAUAGAUAAAUCGAUGAAUUGAUUGACUAAUCAAUCAAUUAACUAAGCGCGGGUAUCACGGACUCCUGGACCACGGAUGGUCGGGGCAGACCGGGACAGAGCCGUGGCAAUCCUGCGCUUUUCUCUCUCCUUCGCCCUUGCUGAGAUUUUUUGAAUGGUCUUGGAACGCAGCGGAAUAAAUAAUCAUUACAGUGCUGUGCAGGAGAGAAGGCCAGCUUCUCCAACGCGGUUCUGCCAGGAUUUGACAAGCAGAACCCGAUAGCACACUCGGUGCAGUUCUGAGGAGUCUAAUCGCCGCAGCGCCGGACUGGAAUCUCAGGAGAACUGUAAGUGCGUGUGUGAUCGAGGGAGAAGAGGGCCACCUCAACCUUAUGCCGCCAAGAAACGAACCCCGAGCUGGCGAGCCCAGGGGGACGGUGGGUCAGGCACAGUGAAGGAGUCUCAAUGAGCGUCUUUUCCCCGGACGGAGUGUCAGCUCUGAGCCCAGCAAGAUUAUUCGGCUAGGCGAAAAGGGCGAGAAGGAGAAGGAAAGGCGAGUUUGGAAGUUUUGAUGCAUAUGAUCUCAACGACCAUGAUCUUUAUGAUUCUUGGGGCUUCUGUUGUAAUGGCGAUAGCGUGUUUAAUGGACAUGAACGCACUACUGGAUCGCUUUCACAACUAUAUCUUACCACAUUUACGAGGAGAAGACCGCGUCUGUCAUUGCAACUGCGGAAGGCACCACGUCCACUACGUCAUCCCGUACGACGGAGAGCAGUCUCUGGUGGACUCCUCAGAGAACUACUUUGUGAGCGACAGCGUGACCAAGCAGGAGAUGGACCUGAUGCUGGGGCUGCUCCUGGGCUUCUGCAUCAGCUGGCUGCUGCUGUGGCUGGACGGGGCCCUGCAGGGCGCGGUGCGGGCGUGGAGGGCCAGCCGUCUGUACGAUGCCCCCUCCUGGUCGUGGCUCCCGCGGUUCUGCAACCUGCGAGAUCUGCGCAGACGUGCACAGCUGCGGCAGCUGGAGGACUCCAGUGGGAACAUGGUGCACAUCAAGCAGAAGCUGUACCACAACGGCCACCCCAGCCCGCGCCACCUCUGAGACUACACUUCCCAGCAGCCCCGUCACCCCAGAGACUCCUGACAGCAGCCGCCCCCCCCCAAACAAACUGCCCCUGCCCCGUCCGCUGCCCCAGAGACUCUCUGCAUCAGCUGCCCCCCUCCCCCGGCUGGCCCUCGCUGUCUCAGAGACGCCCCCCAGGCACAAGAAUUGCCCACCUAAAUCCCUCCAAGAGGAGAACAAACUGUUAAGUCAUUCUUGUUCCCCCCCACCCCCCAAAAAAAUCCUUAACUUUUGUCUGUUGUCCAUCUUGCUUGGGGUAUUUCUUUUUGACCGGGGGGUUUGUGUACAGGGAUAUGUUUUCUUUGUGUCUGUUUUUGAAAUUUGGCAUGCUCAUAAAGAUUUGGUUGCGAG